UCUGAAGGCUUCAUAUCAAACAUGUCUGUGCACAGACAGUAUUUCCCUGAUGAUGAGGACGAGAAGGGAGCAGCCAUUAGGAAAUAUAAUAGCCACAUAAAGUCACAUGAAACUCUCAUAUAUCCCAGCCACCAGAGGGCAGGAACAAACCUGCGCUACUUUGAGCAGCUGCUGUCUAAGGAGCUGAGGGCCCGGGGUCAGAGCCAGCAGGAGCCCGCCGACGAGAGGCCCAUUCAGCUGGACACUUAUGAGCGGCCCAAAGACUACCUGCCCGAGAGAGAGGUGUACGAGGCCCUCUGCAGGGGAGAGGGAGUCAAGAUGACUCAAAAGAGGCGCAGCCGACUGUUCUGCCGCUAUCAGGAUGGCAACAGGAGCCCGCGUCUGCUGCUCAAGCCGAUGAAGGAGGAGGACGAGUGGGACAGUCCUCAUAUCGUUCGCUAUCUGGAGGCCCUCUCCGAUGAAGAGAUAGAGAAGAUCAAGGAGCUGGCCAAACCUAAUCUUGCGAGAGCCACAGUGAGAGACCCAAAGACAGGCGUUCUGACGGUCGCACAUUACCGAGUUUCCAAAAGCGCGUGGUUAGAAGGGGAAGACGAUCCAGUGAUCGCGCGGGUCAAUCAGAGAAUAGAGGACAUCACUGGAUUAUCUGUAGACACUGCAGAACUUCUACAGGUGGCUAACUAUGGUGUUGGAGGUCAAUAUGAACCACAUUAUGAUUUCUCAAGGAAAGAUGAACCUGAUGCUUUCGUAUCAUUAGGCACUGGAAAUCGUGUGGCUACUUUUUUAAAUUAUAUGAGUGAUGUUGAGGCUGGUGGGGCGACUGUUUUCCCUGAUUUUGGAGCCGCUAUUUGGCCUAGAAAGGGAACAGCGGUGUUCUGGUACAACCUCUUUAAGAGUGGAGAAGGAGACUACAGAACCAGACAUGCAGCCUGUCCUGUUCUAGUAGGCAGUAAAUGGGUUUCAAACAAGUGGAUCCAUGAGAGAGGUCAGGAGUUCAGACGGCCGUGUGGCCUGACUGAAGUGGACUGAUCUUGAGCUCGGCUCUAGCCGCAGUGCCUCGAGUCUGCAAACACAGACACGAUCAGACGCCUCGAGAACGUACAUGAGUUCCAGCCGGGACUCAGUGCUGAGCCACUCUGUGUGUAGGGGAUUUCUCUGUUAUUUGGAGUGUUGCCAUUUACCCCUUGCUUAACAUUUCUUGGCAGAUUAAGCUGGAGUAUCGUGUCAUGUCAGAAAUCUCAUUGUGUUCAUAUAAUGCAUAAAUUAUUGUCCUGUUCUUCAGUGUUUAUUUUAUAUUCUUGUAUGGUUUGCAAUU